ACACUUCACGGUCAACGGUUGCUAUGGUCAUAUUCCUUUGUUUAUUUCCGACAAAUAGUUUGACACUCGUUCUCCGUAGAUUUCUAGUACUUUCGUCAGAUUAUUGUGCUCUUCCAUCCGUUGCGGAUUAAACUUGUCCCUCCGGUCCAGCCAUACGAUCUUCCAACCAUGUCCAUUAUCAACAUCUAUCAUCAUAACGAAAACAUCUACAACGUGGAGAAGAAACCUCCGGAACGUCCACCGAAACCACCGCUAUAUCACUCUCGCUUCGAGCACCAAGUCCGUCGGGAGACCAAGUCCAGCAAGGAUGCCCAUCGGACGAUGGGUUUUGCCAAAAUUCCUCUGCAAAAACCGGACGAAUUCCUCAAAAAGAACUGCGGUAUCCGCUUUCGAGCUACCAAAUCGGCACCGGUUAGGCUAUGUGCCGGCCACAAGCCUCCCGUGCCCAAGAAAAAUGAGCUGGCAGGCUCACAGCAGCAGGUGAUGAAGUGCGUUGACUUCAAGGUCGAAAACAUCAAGAAGGUGGUUAGUACGAAUCCCAAGAAGGUUCGACCGCGAUACGCGGACACCCGGAAGGGAGAUUUUCAUGAUUUGGAAAAGUCGGGUCUGGUACCGGUUUACAUGUGUCAACCGAAGUACGGCAAGAUCCCGCAGUACCUUCACCGCCGCAAGAAGGACCUGGAAGCGCAGAAGCAAUGCGUGUUGGACAAGAUGGCUGAAGAGAAGCCUGCCUGUUCGGCGAUAUCCCAAGAGGAUCGAUUGGAACUGUUGAAGGGCUUGAAGAAAAACUGGGAAAACCUACAGAGGGAAUACCAAAGUCUUCCGCUGUUGAUUGACACUGUGCCGAAAAUGAUCCGCAAAGCCAAAUUGGAGAAAGCUCUGAAGGAACUGGAGAAGGAUAUUCUGAUGAUGGAGAACAAUCCUUACAUCUACAUUUACAACGAUGACGAGUAGAGCAAGCAUCAGCAAA